AGAAAUUCGCUGUAAAAAAAAGUCACUUCCCAUUUCCGUUGUCUAAAACGGUGACUAUUGUUGAGAUGACCUUGCUGUGGACCCUAAACUAUCCUUCCAAACCCGAAAGGGCUUUGAACGCAGAGCUCUAAGAAAUCAGGUGUGAAUGAAUAGACGCUUGACCUGCAAAAUUGUGCUUUAUGGUAACUGCUACCUAACUUGGCCCCAGGCUGUUUUCAGUGUAGUCACCAGGCACUGAAUGCUGGUGGUGGUGUUCCUUGCUUCAUUGGCUCUUAAUCCAGCUAAGAUAAUCCAUGGCUGUAGCGGUACUUGGCAGUUUCAGCAUUAAACAAACCAGUUUCCAUUUCUCUCAUGGAGAUCAUUUUUGGCAUUUUAAACACAAGCCUUUAGAAAACAGGUUUGGAUGUAUGUAAACACAGGGUUAAUCCUCUACACCCUCAAUUCCAGAGCUGUUGACAAAGUCAUGCUUUGCGGAUUUUAAAAUAAACUUUUUGUCACUCUUUACAGCUUGGUAUUUUUCCCUCCCAUUUUCUAUUGCCUUCUAAAUAAGCUUCUUUGUUAACUAACUGACAUUUCUGGAUCACGAAAAAUAGUAAGUUUGAAACACACAGAAUAUAUCCAAGAUGACUACAAAUCCGACGACAGUUUUUUGAACUUGGGCUUUUCUUACUUAGGUCCAUUUUGGCUCUCCACAAAAAUGGUAAGAUUCCAUGUUUGUGAUAAUACUGCUGACUUCUCACCGGAAAACAGCUCCGGGCAGCCUUUUUUUCUGUAUGGUGUUUAAGUUAAGUCACUACAAAAACCACAUUCACACCCUUCUUCAAUUUUCCUUCCUUUUCUGGUGGGGAGGGGGGGGGGGGCUUGACGGUGAUUAUUUUCCCUCCCAUCUGGCAUAGAAGAGAAUGUUUUCUCCAGCUGGGCUCCUUGUCCCUGGUACCUCCAUGCCUGACAGUCAUAUUAUGUGUGAGAUCGCACCCCCCACCCCCAGCCCUUUUCAAGGAAAAAUACAGUAGUAGGAGGCAGAGAGCUAACUGACAGCGUUCUGAGUUGUGCCUCCCUCCACUUAGCUAUUUUGUUACUUGUAGAUCAUGGUCUAAUUAUUUAGCAUAAAGGGACACUAGUCCUGUGGGGUGUGUAAUCAUAUUUAUAGUACCUUUUAUUAGUUUGCAUUCCAUCGUGGUAAUGUGGUGAUAUCAUAAAUAACAGAGAAACAUAAUAUCCAAUGCUUGUGAAAGGGUUUUCCUGCAGCCAGGGAAUUUUUCCUUGUCGUUAAUUUGGCUUGCCGGGGAGGUGGGGAAAUAACAGUGUGUGCUCAUGUGUUCAAUUCCCGGUCUCGAGCAUUGGUUGGAGAGUCCCAGCGCCCUGCCUCGUUCGGAAAGAACUGUCCCGUGAAUUUGAUGCGGUUUAGAUUUAUAGCAGCAUGGCUUGGACUGUGUUUGCUGCCUUAGUCAGCUGUGAGAGCUCCCUGCUGGGGCCACUCCUGUCUGAUGGAAAAGCAGCAGCUGGGAAGGUGCUGUUUCAGGCUCUUGCUGUUUAAAAAAAAAAAAAAAAAAAAAGAGAGAGAGCAGGAGAGGGGGGAAAAACUCCACCAAGUCUACAAGCUGGCAUUGGAGGGGGAGACCGUGGUCAUGUGGUUCUGGCCAUCCUACCCUCUGUCACAGUGUGGAUGAGAGCUUUUUGCUCUCAUCCAAUCAUGCCUGGAAUGCCGCUUGCCACUUGGGUUAUUUCUGCUAUCUGUCGCCCUUGGUGCCGCAGUGCUAACGGUUUGGCAGAUGGGACACUUUUUCUUGGAGUUUGUGCCUUCGGUUUUUGACUUCUGGCAGCGCCGGGCUUGCCUUUGCCGCUCGCCCUCUCCCUCCCUGCCCCCCUGGGCACCAUGGCCCAUCGGCUUCGGUUUCAUUUUGGCUCUGGGCGCAGCAACACAGCCCCCGAGUCCGAGAUCCUAGACCAGGAGAGGGAAGACGACUUUUUCAUGGCAUUCCACACGCUCCCGCGGAGGAGCGGCGCGCACCCCUUCGCCCAGCACGGAGCCGAGGACGGCGGCGGCCUGCAGGAGGCCGUGGGCGCGCUCAAGCGCAGCACGUCCAUGUUCAUCCCGCAGCUCCUGGGCCCGCUCGACGCGCGGCCCACCCGCAGCUCGUCCGUGCAGAUCUCGCUGCAGCGCAAGGCGGCCGACGGCGCCCCCGACGCGGGUGCGCCCCCCGAGGGCCUGGACGGCGAUGCGGGCUCGGCACCUCGAGCCGGCGGCCCGGAGCCCCCGGAGCCCGAGACCCCCGGGAGCUCGCCUCCGAGGGCCGCCCGGGCGCCGGGCCCGCAGCUCAACGGCACGUGCGGCCGCCAAGCGCCGGGCCCCGCCGCCUGCGAAGGCCGCGAGGAGGCCGCCCGGGGCCCCGAGGGUGGCGGCGGCGGCGGGCUGCGGAUCCAGCACCGCGCCUCCAGCGCCGAUGUGCGCCAGGUGAGGCUGACGCCCUUCGGGGCCGACGGCCAGAGCAGCUCUUCGGCGCCGGAGCCCAGGCGCUGGUCCCUGCAGCACGUUCCGGAUGCUUCUGGAAGCUCUGGGAAGCGCUGCUUCGUCUUCCAGUUGCAGCAGCCACAACCGGGCGCUCCGGGGCUGGGCGGUGACUUCAACUUCGGCUUCACCGGCACGAAGGGCGACCGGCUGGUGAGGUACCCCCGCAUCCGGCUGGAGAGGAGCACCUCGUACCCCACGCAGCCCCGAGCGGAGCGCGGGAGCCCCACGGAAGAGCGAGGCCACCCGGGUCACCCGGAGACGCCGCCUCGGGGCCGCAGGGGGGCUCCCGAAAUCCACAGGACGAACUCGGUGGAAAGGACGCCGCAGGGGCAGGGCUGCACGUUUAAGAUCAGGCAGGAUCAAAACGCGGGGCAACAGCACUUCAGAAUUCUCGUGACUCGGGGGCCGGAAGAAGCCCCCCAGAAUCCCGAGGAGAAUAACGCCAGCAGCCCCGGUUCCACGGUAGCUGGCGCCCCGACCCGAGACGACUUCCUGGGACAGGUGGACAUACCCCUGAAUCAUCUCCCGACCGAAGAUCCGACCAUGGAGCGACCCUAUACAUUUAAGGAUUUUCUCCUUAGACCAAGAAGUCAUAAAUCUCGAGUUAAGGGAUUUUUGCGAUUGAAAAUGGCCUAUAUGCCAAAAAAUGGAGGUCAAGAUGAAGAAAACAGUGAGCAGAGAGAGGACAUGGAGCAUGGCUGGGAGGUCGUGGACUCGAAUGACUCGGCCUCCCAGCACCAGGAGGAGCUUCCCCCGCCUCCACUGCCUCCCGGCUGGGAAGAGAAAGUGGACAAUCUGGGUCGUACCUAUUACGUCAACCACAACAACCGGACCACUCAGUGGCACCGACCGAGCUUAAUGGAUGUGGCCUCCGAGUCGGACAGCAACAUCAGGCAGAUCAACCAGGAGGCCGCGCACCGACGCUUUCGCUCGCGCAGACACAUCAGUGAGGACCUGGAGCCGGAGCCCAGCGAGGGCGGAGACGGCCCAGAGCCUUGGGAGACCAUUUCCGAGGAAGUGAACAUCACUGGAGACUCCCUCAGUCUGUCACUGCCCCCUCCGCCGUCCUCUCCAGUGUCCCGGACCAGCCCUCAGGAGCUGUCUGAGGAGCUGAGCAGAAGGCUUCAGAUCACUCCAGACUCCAAUGGGGAGCAGUUUGGUUCUUUGAUCCAAAGAGAACCGUCCUCAAGGUUGCGGUCCUGCAGCGUGACGGACACCGUUGCCGAGCAAGCUCAUCUACCACCGCCAAGUGCCCCAGCUAGGAGAGCGCGUUCAUCAACUGUCACAGGUGGUGAGGAGCCAACGCCAUCAGUGGCCUAUGCACAUACCACGCCGGGCCUACCUUCAGGCUGGGAAGAACGAAAAGAUGCUAAGGGACGCACAUACUAUGUCAAUCAUAACAAUCGAACCACAACUUGGACUCGACCUAUCAUGCAGCUCGCAGAAGAUGGUGCAUCCGGAUCCGCCACAAACAGUAACAACCACCUAAUCGAGCCUCAGAUCCGCCGGCCCCGUAGCCUCAGCUCGCCGACUGUAACCUUAUCUGCCCCACUGGAGGGUGCCAAGGAUUCACCCGUACGUCGGGCUGUGAAAGAUACCCUUUCCAAUCCACAGUCCCCACAGCCAUCACCUUACAACUCCCCUAAACCACAACACAAAGUCACACAGAGCUUCCUGCCACCCGGCUGGGAAAUGAGGAUAGCACCAAACGGCCGGCCCUUCUUCAUUGACCAUAACACAAAGACUACAACGUGGGAAGAUCCACGCCUGAAAUUUCCAGUUCAUAUGCGGUCAAAGGCCUCUUUAAACCCCAAUGACCUUGGCCCUCUUCCUCCUGGUUGGGAAGAAAGAAUUCACUUGGAUGGCCGAACAUUUUAUAUUGACCAUAGCAGCCAGGUGUUAUGUGGAGAGAAUGAUCCCAGAGAAUCAGUGCCCUCGUACGAUAGCAAAAUUACUCAGUGGGAAGACCCAAGACUGCAGAAUCCAGCUAUUACUGGUCCGGCUGUUCCUUACUCCAGAGAAUUUAAGCAGAAAUAUGACUACUUUAGGAAGAAAUUAAAGAAACCUGCUGAUAUUCCGAAUAGGUUUGAAAUGAAACUUCACAGAAAUAACAUCUUUGAAGAGUCCUAUCGGAGAAUCAUGUCCGUGAAAAGACCCGAUGUCCUGAAAGCGAGACUGUGGAUCGAAUUUGAAUCGGAGAAAGGUCUUGACUAUGGGGGUGUGGCCAGAGAGUGGUUCUUCCUACUGUCCAAAGAGAUGUUCAACCCCUACUAUGGGCUUUUUGAGUACUCUGCGACGGACAACUACACGCUUCAGAUCAAUCCCAAUUCAGGCCUCUGUAAUGAAGACCAUUUGUCUUACUUCACUUUUAUCGGAAGAGUUGCUGGUCUGGCAGUGUUUCACGGGAAACUUUUAGAUGGUUUCUUCAUUAGACCAUUUUACAAAAUGAUGCUGGGAAAGCAGAUAACCCUGAAUGACAUGGAAUCUGUGGAUAGUGAAUAUUACAACUCUUUGAAAUGGAUCUUGGAAAAUGAUCCCACUGAACUGGACCUCAUGUUCUGUAUCGAUGAAGAAAAUUUUGGACAGACCUAUCAAGUGGAUCUGAAGCCCAAUGGGUCAGAAAUAAUGGUAACAAAUGAAAACAAAAGGGAAUAUAUUGACUUAGUCAUCCAGUGGAGGUUUGUGAACAGGGUCCAGAAGCAAAUGAACGCCUUCUUGGAGGGAUUCACAGAACUGCUUCCUAUUGAUUUGAUUAAAAUUUUUGAUGAAAAUGAGCUGGAGUUGCUGAUGUGCGGCCUUGGCGACGUGGACGUGAACGACUGGAGACAACAUUCUAUCUAUAAGAAUGGCUAUUGCCCAAACCACCCUGUCAUUCAGUGGUUCUGGAAGGCCGUGCUGCUCAUGGACGCGGAGAAGCGGAUCCGGCUACUGCAGUUUGUCACGGGGACGUCGCGAGUACCCAUGAAUGGGUUCGCCGAACUUUAUGGUUCCAAUGGUCCUCAGCUGUUUACAAUAGAGCAAUGGGGGAGUCCUGAAAAACUGCCCAGAGCUCACACGUGCUUUAAUCGCCUUGACUUACCUCCGUAUGAGACCUUCGAAGAUUUACGAGAGAAACUGCUCAUGGCCGUGGAAAACGCUCAAGGAUUCGAGGGGGUGGAUUAAGCUCCCCGCUCCUCGGGGUGGUUGUUCAUCGAGCGAGUCCUGCUUGCACUUUUGCAUUUGCCCAACACCUGACUUUGCAGAGACCGAGGCGGAAGAGCGGCCGCACACGGCGGCCUGGCUCCCGGGGCGGGGCCUCCACCCGCGACUUGCCCAGGUUCAGACGUGGGAGCCCGGACCCAGGUCGCGUUCCUGCAUUUUCCACCACGAAUUAUCAACUGGUUGAUGUGUAUACUAAUAACAUUUCAGGAGGACUUAUUCUAUUUAUGUUGUGCCUCUGUAGGCAAAGCCCUUAAUAAAUAUUUUACAUACUUUAUAAUGACAAUGAAUGGGAUUAAUCACUCUACAGGUAUAGUAUUACAACUCAUGUUUACUUUUUAAAAUGAUUUAGACCGAUUUUCAGAUUUUAUUUCAUUACAAUUAAAGAUGUCUCGUGUA